AGUCAGCAAAUCAAAAACAUGGGAUUCAUCAUCCUCGCCGUCACUCUCAAUUCCUCACUAGACUUAUUACAUACAUCCUCAGAUGUUUUCUGUUUUUUUCUUCAUGGUUGUCGCAGUAUUAUCUAAACCUUGAACACAAUGAGUUUGCUUCAAUCAGCGGAUUACAUGAGCAUCGCCGGAACCAUUCUUGUCGGGACCGCGCUCUACAUUGCUAGCAACGUCCUCUAUAACCUCUUCUUACACCCGCUCGCCUCUUUCCCGGGUCCUCUCUUCUACCGUGCUAGUAGGCUUCCGUGGACUAUCGCCCUACUUCGCGGUAGGCUCGUCUUCGAUUUGGCCGAUAUUCAUAAGAAGUACGGUCCUGUAGUUCGUAUCGCUCCUAAUGAGCUAGCCUUUCAGGAUCCUCGCGCGUGGCGCGAUGUAAUGGGUGGCGGCGCCUCCGAAAUCCCCAAAUGGAUUGGCAUGUAUGGCGUGCCUACCUUCUUGCAGCCACACAUACAAAACACAAUCAGCAAAGAGCACCACCGUGCCCUUCGUAGGACGCUAGCUCCUGGCUUUUCUGAUGCUUCUCUAAGGGCACAAGAGCCGAUGAUAGUUCAGUAUGUGGACUUAAUGAUGCGGCGGCUAAAGGAGAAGUGCAAGGAAGGCCCCUUAAAUCUAGAGCUGUGGUAUCGUUAUGUUGUCUUCGAUAUCAUCUGCGAUCUAGCUGUGGGAGAAUCUUUCAAAUGCCUUGAAAGCGAUGAUCUGCACCCUUGGAUCACUGCCAUGAUCGAAGGUGGGAAGCCCAUGGGCUUUCUCACCGCCAUAAACAUGUAUCCUGCUCUGGCACAACUUUUAAAUCCCGUCCUAAGCAUAGCUGCUAAGGGCCCUAUGCGCCUUCAUGAUGAGAUGGUCAAACCAAUGGUAGAGAAGCGUCUCAAGGUUGGUGAUCGACCAGAUUUGAUUAACCCUCUUGUACGCCUUCAAGAUGGCAAAAAAUCUUCCAUGUCAGAACUCAUCGUUAAUACAAACGUUAUCGUCGGCGCCGGGGCCGAAACAAGCGCCGGUACGCUGACAGCCGCGACGUCAUUGCUAAUUGACAACCCGGAUAAAUUCGAGAAGUUAAAGGCCGAAGUUCGUUCAGCAUUCCAAGAUGAAAGCCAGAUUACAGCUAGCGCUGUGUCUCGCCUACCCUAUCUCGGAGCCUGCUUAGAUGAAGCUCUAAGACUUUUCCCGCAGACAGGCUCACCUUCUUUACGGCUAACAGAUAAGGAUACAAUUAUUGCGGGAACACCCGUCCCUAAGAAUACUGUCGUCGGCAUCUGGCCAUGGGCACUCUAUCGUGCUCCAAAUUUGUGGCGAGACCACGAGGACUUUCAUCCAGAACGAUUCACCGGUGAUCCGAAAUACGCGACUGAUGCUCGGGAGGCUUUUAAGCCAUUCUUCACCGGCUCACGGGACUGCAUCGGUCAAAACCUGGCCCUUAUUGAGAUGCGUCUCAUUCUCGCUCGCAUGGUGUUCAAUUUUGAUAUACAACCAACAAACGAUCCGCAUAGUCAGAAUUGGCUCAGCCAACAGAAAAAUCUUUAUAUCGUCUGGGAUAAAACACCAUUGCCCGUUCAAUUAACGCCUGUCCGAUGAAAAUUGUAACUCUCAACAACGACUGUCAACCUCCAUAUCCAAGUACGAAAAGACAUUGUUUAUAAGCCACUGCUGUUAGAUAUUAUAUCUUCACGGACCACAUCGUGGAGUUGUGGUCCCUCGAAAGCCAACGUCGACGAUCACUGAACACCGAUCAAAUCAUAUU